AUGAGUGAAGUAUCUACACUUUUAAGGAACAGAACUAAACCCAAGGAUGCUUCCACCGAAGAACUCCUCAUAGAGAAACUAGAUCUUUUCCUUUCAUCCAUAGAAUCUCGUCUUGACCGAUUUGAACAAUAUUUCAAGUUCACUAAUCUACAAGAUCUUGAUGAUGAUUUGAAAGAUCUUAAUGAAUCUGCUAUUGAUGAUGAUGAUACUGCUGAUUCCUUCACACCCAGAUCUAGAAGUAAUAGUAAUGCCAGUUUACAAAGCUUUAAGAAUUUUGCCAAACUUGAUCUUAUUCAUCAAAGACUCAAACUCAUCAAGUCAUCAGUACUCAAGAGUUCCAUUUCCAACUUAGAUUACCUAUAUAAAACCCUUGAUGAUCAAUAUAAUUAUUUGUUCUCCAACGAAUCAUUCAGUCCAUCGGAUUUAUCCAACUAUUCCAAAGAAAUCCUAAGCGAGAAGAUCAUUACUACGUUACAUUAUUUCGAUGAGAAGUUGAUGCAUAUAGAUGAUGUGAUUCAGAAGAAGAUGAAGAAACCUGUUGAUACCGAUGGUUCCAUUUUCAAUAUCUUCAAAUUCUAUAAUUUCAAUAAAGCUUUAAAACUUUCUCAAAAGAGAUAUUUGAAUUAUUAUGAGUUACCCUUGGGUUGGAGAGAAAACAGAUAUAUUAUUAAUGGAUAUAGAUUUUCAUUGAGUCACAAAACCAUGCUUAAAUCGAUAUUCCAAUUCAAUCAUAAUGAAUCAAUGAACAUUUGGUCUCAUUUACUUGGAGUAGGAUUAAUGGUUUAUUUGGGGAUGGUUCAUUAUCCUACUACCAAAGCUUUUGAAUUAAACUCAUUUCAAGAUGAUUUGGUGGUUUAUUUCUUCUUAGCAUGUGCCAUUACAUGUUUGAUAAGUUCCUCGGUAUGGCACACUUAUUCAUGCUUUGCUAAAUUGGCUACUCGUUAUAAUUUCGCUUGUAUUGAUUAUACUGGGAUCACCAUAUUGAUCACUUCUUCCAUUAUUGCCGUUGAGUAUGUAUCAUUAUACAAUUAUCCUAAGUUAUUGGUUAGUUUUGUAGCAUUUUCAAUAUUCUGUGGAGUCUCAGGGUUAGCUUUUAAUUGGUCACCAUAUUUUGAUAAGCCAGAAUGUAGAUCCAUUAGAAUCGGAUAUUUCGUUAGUUUAGCAGGUUUGGGAGUGGGAACAAUGAUAGUCACUGUGUUCUUUGAAGGGUUCAUUAAAGGUGUUACCUUCUUCGCGCCUUUAUUCUAUAAGAGUUUCCUUUGGUAUUGGAUUGGGGUCAUCUUCUAUGGAGGUUUAAUCCCUGAAAGAUGGAGAUACGAUGUUAUCAUUGAUGAUGAUGAAACCUGUGAUCAUGACCAUACUUCCAGUGAUGUGUUAUCGGGGAAUAUUGAAAAGAGUGGAGAAGAAGAAUAUGAAGAGAUUGAAACGGAGUUAACUCAAAUCUUAAGUAACGAACAACCAGAGAACGAAGACCAAAAGUUUGAUAAUAUCAUUCAAAAACAUUUCCCCCUUAAGCCCAAAUAUUCCAAUUAUCGUAAUGAUUUUUUCUCCCUUUGGUGGAUUGAUUAUGCAUUUUCAAGUCAUAACCUUUGGCACAUGUGUGUUCUCUCAGGGGUUGUAGGACAUUAUUAUUGUGUAUUAGAGAUGUUUACCAAGAUUCACUGA